UCUGUUCUUCCCUCUUCUUCCAUUUUUCUAGUGAUGAUUAGCUAAAGAUGUAUUGAUGUCUCAAAAAAAAAAGUGUCCAGGAUACCAUUCUGACGGCUUUUCUGUUAUAGGAUAGAAAUUGGAGCUCAAAUACCAUUCAAGAACUAAAAGUGACCAUGACGAUGAAUGCACGGUUUUUAUGAAUCUUUGUUUGUCAUAGUUCCUUGGUAGAAGCUUCACAGCUCCUAUCCAGAGCUCUCGGAUUUGUCCAAUUAAUCUGAACAAAGGUUGGAGCCGAAGGUUCUGAAGCAAGAAGUCUUAUCUAUGUCUCAAUCAUAUCUUCCAUAAAUUAAUACCAUAUGGUGUUUGAAACCUGUUCUUAGGCUGCUUUUCUAGUUGCUAAGUCAUUAUCUUUUUGAUGUGGGUCUUGCAGAUCUCUAGCCUCACAUGUUUUCUAGUUUCCUAGCAUCAUUGCCUAUUACCGGAUCUAGAUUCCCUUUCUUAGCUGCUGAAGACAACCCUAUAGUUCAAGUUAAUAGCAGACUUUUGGAGGCUGAUCGAGUCCUGUUAUCGAUGGGAAUCUUGCUAAUGUUUUUCUGAUCAGGCAAUCUGGAGUGAAUUAUAUAGUCUUAUUAACUAUGAGGGUUCCAAAUAGAUCAACUAAAAUAGCAACUAUUAAUGCAUCUUUGGCUUACUGUUUCUUGCCUCCUAUACUUUUCUGACAUCAGAUUGAAUUUUUUCUGUUUCCAAUUCUGGAAUAAUUUCAAUAGAGACUUUAGAUAGCAGGAAUGAACUGCCUAAAAGUUGAAAGUCCCUACUAGAACAUCAAAUCAACUAAAAAGAUUCAUCUUCAUCAAACUUAUAAUAAUCUGGCUGUAACUGCAUCCAACCUUGUCAAUGGUUGAAGCUAGCCCUCCACAAUCCAAGUUGAGAGCACACUUUUGAAAUUCUCUGAGUCUCUUUAUGAUAGGGAAUCUACAUAAUGUUUGCUGAUAGGCAAAACUGAGUUUAAUUUUAUAGUCCUAGACAACUGAGGGCACACUUAGUAUCUUCUCAAAAGAAAAAUAGAAAAGGUGCUGAUUUAUAUCUUUCAGCCUAAUGUUGUUGCCUCCUAAAUUUUUUUCACAUCAGAUCUAAUUUUGUUAUCAUCAUUUCUGGGAUAAUUUGGCUCAAGACCUGGAUGGGAGGAACAUAUAUGUGGAUAAGAUGUGGAACUAAUCAGAUGUUAUAGAAUAUCAAGUCGUAAAAAUAUAUUACUCAUCCUCAAACUGAUCAUAUUUAGAUGUUUGCAUGACAGAACACGGCAUUGUACUUACGAGUCUGAAAACUAUCACCUUAGCGUUGCAAGUGUUGAUCUCUUUGGUCUAUUGCGUCCUCAUCAUCAAGUCAUUUACUAAACAGCAAAUUUAGUGCUUUCUGAAACUUCUUUCUUAGUCUCAGCAGUUCCAUUUGGAAAGGUACUCUCCAUAUUUUGGAUGAUUUAAAAGCAAUUAAGUUUUAGAAAGCAGCAUCUUACAUAAAGUUGAUGUUGACCUUGUGUCUGUGGCUUUGAUCGAGUGUACCUCUUGCAAUGAACUUCUGAAAGUGGGACAAUAUUAUCAUUGCAGUUAGAAAAGAGUAAUCAGUAAGUCUCCCUAGUGGCUGAAACUAUGAACAAUGAUGGGAACUUGCAGAGUAGGAAAGCUAUGUCAUCAUGACAAACUACACCCUUUAUCAACAGACAUGAUAUUGGUAUUGGAGACCUACAUUUGACAUGGACGGUACCAGAUUUUAGCUUCUGUUAACAAAUGUUUACGGAAACAAAAGAAGGUCCCACAAGAGCAGUGACUUCAAACAAGCUGACAGGCCAUUCAACAAUCUUUUUACAGAGAGGAGUUCAGCCUGGAAGAUAUAUUCUUUGAAACUUGUCUUGAUAAUCAUUGUCUGUGGCACCUUUUUAACUCUUCUCCACCCUCCAGCAGCUUAUCAUAAUGAGCAUUCCUUGCAUGCUGGUUCUAGGUUUAUGGAUGUUGGACGGAUUUGGGACAAAUCCAAACCUGAUUCGCGAUAUUUGUCGAAUUCAAAUGUUGAUUGGGCUCAAAUUUCAAAAUGUGCGGAAGCGAUGGACUCCAGUAAAGGAAAUAUGAAGAUUGGCUUACUAAAUUUUAACAUUUCUGAGAUCAACCAUUGGCACCAGCUCUUACCAAACGCAGGAUUUUCUGUCAUACAACUUGAUUAUGCAGAUAGUAAUAUUACUUGGGAUGUACUGUAUCCUGAAUGGAUUGACGAGGAAGAAGAAUCCGAGGUCCCCUCUUGUCCAAAACUUCCAGAACCGAAGUUCUCUAAAGGUUUCCGUUUUGACCUCAUCGCCGUCAAGCUUCCUUGCAGUAGCUCAGCCAGCUGGUCAAGAGAUGUUGCUCGGUUGCAUUUGCAGCUUACAGCUGCUAAGGUUGCUGCAGUUUCUUCAGGAGAUCAGUACCCUGUGCAUGUGCUUUUUGUGACCAGCUGUUUUCCAAUCCCAAACCUAUUUACAUGCAAGAACCUCGUCAUGCGAGAGGGAGAUAUGUGGUUAUACAAACCAGACCCGCAACUGUUAAAGGAGAAGUUACAGCUUCCUGUUGGAUCAUGUGAGCUCGCACUCCCACUUGAAGCAAAAGAGCGGCCGUUUUCCUAUACUCCUCACCGAGAAGCAUAUGCCACCAUUCUCCACUCUGCCAAUGUUUAUGUAUGUGGUGCUAUUGCUGCAGCCCAAAGUAUCCGUUUAGCAGGAUCAAAGAGAGACCUAGUUAUACUUGUUGAUGAAACAGUCAGUGAUCACCACAGAAGCGGUCUUGAAGCUGCAGGAUGGAAGAUAAAAACAAUCACCAGGAUCCGGAAUCCUAAGGCCGAGCAUGAUGCUUACAAUGAGUGGAAUUACAGCAAAUUCAGGCUCUGGCAGCUCACAGAGUAUGACAAGGUCAUAUUUAUCGAUGCUGACCUUCUUGUCCUGAGAAACAUCGAUUUCUUGUUCACUAUGCCUGAAAUCACUGCAACAGGGAACAAUGUAACAUUUUUCAACUCUGGUGUAAUGGUUAUUGAGCCUUCAAACUGCACAUUUCAGUUGUUAAUGGAUCAUAUCAAUGAGAUAGAGUCCUACAAUGGUGGGGAUCAGGGUUACUUGAAUGAAGUCUUUACAUGGUGGCACCGUAUACCAAGGCGCAUGAACUUCUUGAAGCAUUAUUGGAUUGGUGAUGAGAAGGAGAUUAAAGAGAUGAAGACUCAUUUGUUUGGUGCUGAUCCGCCAGUUCUUUAUGUUCUCCACUAUUUGGGUCUAAAGCCAUGGCUGUGUUUCCGGGACUAUGAUUGCAAUUGGAAUGUGGACAUAAUGCAGGAAUUCGCAAGUGAUGUGGCACACACAACAUGGUGGAAAGUGCACGAUGUGAUGCCGAAACACUUGCAGAGCUUCUGUCUUCUGAGAACAAAGCAAAAAGCUGCCUUGGAGUGGGAUCGGAGGCAGGCGAAGAAGGCAAAUUAUUCCGACGGCCAUUGGAGAAGAAAAAUAACUGACCCUCGUCUGAAAAAGUGUUUCGAAGAUUUUUGUUACUGGCAGAGCAUGUUGUGGCAUUGGGGUGAUCCCAACUGGUCAGAUGAGAACUUGACAUCCAACUCCCUUGCAAAACUACCCAGUUUAUAGUCUCUUCCCUUGUUCUUGCUUUCACUAUCUUGCUGAAUUCUUUCUCCAUAGGUAACUAGGUAUUUAGGUAGGCUGUUACCUCCAGAGUUCGACGAGAUGAUACCCGCAAAUAUUUUACAUAAAUUAGAGUAUAAAUAAGGACAUGCUGUUUUUGUUUUCCCUUGAUUUCAUGUUUAUUGGCAAGUUCAAUAAAAACAUUAGAUUUCAUUUC